CACCACUGACUCACACAGAUAAAGCUGUUAAGUUGCGCUCAAUAAAGUUAAAUUUUAAUUAUCAUAGACGUAUUGACGUGGGUGGCUGUUAUGGACAUUCAGAUAUUUAAAUUGGCUACAAAGUUAAUCAUCACUGGCUUACUGUUCAGACAGGCUGCAUCAGAAGACGAGUAUAAACGUGCUGUUAAACCGUGUAAUUAUGACUCAGACUGCAUUGCAAACGCAUACUGCAAGGAGCAACAGUAUUGUCAAUGUAAAAAGGAUUUCAUCAUCUAUGAUAAUGAAACCGGCUUCUCGUGCCUGGAAGAAGCAUCCAGACUUGGAGAUGCCUGCGAAGCGGACAUUCAGUGCACGAAACCUUUUGGGAACUAUGCUGANACCGUUUCUCACGACGGUAACGACAGCUUCUUACAAUAUGAUGACCGUUUAUAA